GUGCGGAACGCGGUCUGGGCGCCAAUGCUGGCCCGGAGCCGCGCGCGCUCCUCCCCUCCCCCUCGCUCCCACCCCCGGGCGCGCCGCUGGGUGGGGGAGACCCGAGAAAGCGGGGGCCGCGGCUGCCAAGCCAGGGGCUGCAGCCGUGGCUGUGAUGGAGGGCCGCGGCGGGGUUCAGCAGUUGGCCUGGGCCGUAGUUCCUGGGCGGGUCAACCUCGCCCAGCCCUAAGGCGCGGCCCAGCCCUGCUCCACUCCACCAUGAACGUCGCGCUGCAGGAGCUGGGUAGCGGAGGCAGUAUGGUGGAGUACAAACGAGCUAAGCUUCAGGAUGAAGAAUUACCAGAGGUGACAGUAGAAGGCAGGGCCAUCCAGGACUCACUGGAGGUGGGAUCCCAGAAGAGGACAAGACAACUCUUUGGCUCACACACACAGUUGGAGCUGGUCUUGGCAGGCCUCAUUCUAGUGUUGGCUGCCCUUCUUUUGGGCUGCCUCGUGGCUCUGUGGGUCCAGUACCACAGAGACCCAGUCCACAGCACCUGCAUCACAGAAGCCUGCAUUCGAGUGGCUGGAAAAAUCCUGGAGUCUUUAGACCGUGGGGUGAGCCCCUGUCAGGACUUUUACCAGUUCUCCUGUGGAGGCUGGAUUCGAAGAAACCCUCUACCCAGUGGACGUUCUCGCUGGAACACCUUCAACAGCCUUUGGGACCAGAAUCAGGCCAUACUGAAGCACCUACUUGAGAAUAGCACUUUCAAUUCCAGCAGUGAAGCCGAGCGGAAGACUCGGAGUUUCUACCUGUCCUGCCUGCACCUGGAGCGCAUCGAGAAGCUAGGAGCCAAGCCACUUCAAGACCUCAUUGACAAGAUCGGUGGUUGGAACAUCACGGGGCCCUGGGAUGAGGACAACUUCAUGGAAGUGCUAAAGGCAGUAGCAGGGACCUAUAGAGCCGCCCCAUUCUUCACUGUCUAUGUCGGUGCUGAUUCGAAGAGUUCUAACAGCAACAUCAUCCAGGUGGACCAGUCUGGGCUUUUUCUACCCUCUCGUGAUUACUACCUAAAUAGAACUGCCAAUGAGAAAGUUCUCGCUGCCUACCUGGACUACAUGGUGGAGCUGGGAAUGCUGCUGGGUGGACAGCCGACCUCCACCCGGGCGCAGAUGCAGCAGGUGCUGGAACUGGAGAUACAACUGGCUACCAUCACUGUGCCCCAGGACCAGCGGCGUGAUGAGGAGAAGAUCUAUCACAAGAUGAGCAUCUCAGAGCUGCAGACUCUAGCACCCUCCAUGGACUGGCUGGAGUUCCUUUCUUUCUUGUUGUCGCCACUUGAGUUGGGCGAUUCUGAGCCUGUGGUGGUGUAUGGGACUGAGUAUUUACAGCAGGUGUCGGAGCUCAUUAACCGUACGGAACCAAGCAUCCUGAACAAUUACCUAAUUUGGAACCUGGUGCAGAAGACAACCUCGAGCCUCGACCAGCGCUUUGAGACUGCACAGGAGAAGCUACUGGAGACCCUCUACGGUACCAAGAAGUCCUGCACCCCGAGGUGGCAGACCUGCAUCUCCAAUACAGAUGAUGCCCUUGGCUUCGCUCUGGGCUCGCUCUUUGUGAAGGCCACAUUUGACCGACAAAGCAAGGAAAUUGCCGAGGGGAUGAUCAGUGAAAUCCGUGCUGCUUUUGAGGAGACUCUGGAAAACUUGGUUUGGAUGGACGAGAAGACCCGGCUGGCAGCCAAGGAGAAAGCAGAUGCCAUCUAUGAUAUGAUUGGUUUCCCUGAUUUCAUCUUGGAGCCCAGAGAACUGGAUGAUGUUUAUGAUGGGUAUGAAGUCUCUGAAGAUUCUUUUUUCCAAAACAUGCUGAACCUAUACAACUUCUCAGCUAAGGUGAUGGCUGACCAGCUCCGCAAACCUCCCAGCCGAGACCAGUGGAGCAUGACGCCUCAGACUGUGAACGCUUACUACCUUCCAACCAAGAAUGAAAUCGUCUUCCCUGCUGGCAUCUUGCAGGCCCCCUUCUAUGCUCACAACCACCCAAAGGCUUUGAACUUCGGUGGCAUCGGUGUGGUGAUGGGCCACGAGUUGACACAUGCCUUUGAUGACCAAGGGCGAGAGUAUGACCAAGAAGGGAAUCUGCGGCCUUGGUGGCAGAAUGAGUCACUCACGGCUUUCCAGAAUCAUACAGCCUGCAUGGAAGAACAGUACAACCAGUACCAGGUCAAUGGAGAGAGGCUCAACGGACUCCAGACCCUGGGGGAAAACAUCGCCGAUAAUGGGGGCCUCAAGGCUGCUUACAAUGCAUACAAAGCAUGGCUGAGGAAGCAUGGGGAGGAGCAGCCGCUGCCUGCUGUGGGGCUCACCAAUCACCAGCUGUUCUUCGUGGGAUUUGCUCAGGCUUCAAGGGUCUGAGGUGGCAUGUUCCCCUCCCUUGGAGCUGGCCAAGCCUCCUGGAGUGGCCCUGACAACUCCUGAACUCACCAGCUGGGCAGUGUGGUUCCUGACCAAGAUGGCUCUGCUGUAGCUGAAGCUAUGGCCUAGCUCAGCUCCACACUAGACACCAUAUGUCCCCAUGUCUGUCCUGGCCCGCAGGUGUGGUGCUCGGUCCGCACACCAGAGAGCUCUCACGAGGGGCUGGUGACCGACCCCCACAGCCCUGCCCGUUUCCGAGUGCUGGGCACUCUCUCCAACUCCCGAGACUUCCUUCGGCACUUCGGCUGCCCUGUCGGCUCCCCCAUGAACCCAGGGCAGCUAUGUGAGGUGUGGUAGACUUGGGUGGGGGAAGAAACGGGCAACUGUGGCCAGGGACUGGGGCUUCCAAGCUAGGAGAGAGUGAAUAUCAGCUUACGGUAUGGUCGUCUCUCCAUAGCACAAGUGAGAUGACUCUAGACCCCCCCCCCACCACCACAUUGUGCCUCUGCUUUAGGGGUGCCUGUGCCUCUAGCAGAGAUCCCGCCAUUUACUGUGACAUCCUUUCACGUGUCACCCUGGAGGGAGUCUAGGCAGAAGUGUCAGUUCCCACAGAGAUGACUGUCUCUUUUGGAGUCCAAGCUUACUUAGUUUCAGGGGUUGGGCGGGGGGUGGGGGGGGAGGUCAAGAGGAUAUGCCUGGGGUGUGCCUAUCUCUCCCCAGGGCAUGCUCAGUGCUCCGAGUUGAGCUCAGCUCCCUUCAGCCCACCCUCAGGCUGCCCCCACCCAUGUUCCUUAUGCUCCUCCUAGUACUGCUGCUCCCCUCCAGGACAGACCAACUGAAGUCAAGUGGAAGGCCAAGGGCUCUUUUGAGUGAGAGGAGAAAUAUGUAUGCUCAGUGGGUGCUGCUUCCCUGGGUUUCAAGGUGUGAGUCUCAGGGGUGACUGACUGUCCCCGGGGCCAAGCAGAUCUAGUAGAAAAAGAGAAAGUUUAUUUUUGCAGGGAAGAGAGUGGGGAGGGUGUGGUCUUGCCUUUAUAGGACCCGUUGCUAAUAAAUAGAUUCAUAUCAGCCA